UCUAUUACAUGCAAAGUAUUGUAAACAUCACAAUAUUUUGAUAUAAUACGCCUCUUAUUACAAGAAGAGCGUAUAUAACUGCAGUUUAAUUUAGAACCUCCACAGAUUUCGGGCGAAGAAAUCUUUCAUUUCACUGCGAUUUGACCUAAAAGGUUUCAUUAAAAAUAUCAAGCUCUCUUAACUGAUGAUGACGAACAAUGGGCGAAAAAAACGGCGAUGAAUUAGAACUCCGAGCACUAGUAAAUCAGACUGAAAACGAACAGAACAGUUAUGGAAUCAGUAGGGAAAAAAGUGAAGACUCAAGCGCAGACAAAGGAGAUGAAUUUUACGCAUUUUGGAGAAAAGCGGCCAUUUGUGUUUCGUGUGCUUCUAUCAUUUUGACCACAGGAUUUGGAGGAACAUUUUUCGUUUUCUCUCAAAUUGCUGGUAGUCCUGCGGCCUUUGGAUUUUCCCUUGCAGCCGUGUUAGACUCUUUCAGUUCAGCAGUAGUUCUUUGGAGAUUUUCCUUCAAAGAAAGCCGAAAGGAUUCAAACUCGUUGGAACGAGAACGAAGGGCAUGUUUAGCGAUAGCCAUAUGUUUUAUCCUCUCAGCAUUUGCCAUAGCAGUAAAAACCAUCUUCACCUUACUGAAGGACAAAAUACCAACCAAGGAGUUUUUGAUGGAGAUUUUGUCAGGUAGCAGCUUGGUUUACCUGGUAUUUCUGACGGCUUUCAAAUAUAUAAUAGCAGAAAAACUCGAGAGCCGAGCAAUGAGGAUAGAUGCGAUUAAUUCUUUGGCUGGUGCUAUUAUGACCCUCGGUAUGGUGGCUAGUGAUGUGGUCUGUUCAAACAACCCGAAAAUCUGUUACCUGGACUCUGUCACUGCGAUUUUGAUAGCUGUAGCGCUCUUCAGUUAUGGUGUCAUGACCAUCACAGACCUGAAAACAGGCAAGGAGAAGAAACCACCGCGUGACUGA